CACUGCACAACAGAGACAACAACACAGGAGCACGUAACAAGAACAUCGGUGAACAGAACACAAUGUACAAGACAAUGGGAUCAACCGCCCUCAAGAGGCUCAUGACAGAGUACCGCGAACUCACUUUGCACGCGCCUGAGGGCAUUACCGCCGGACCUAUUACCGAAGAAAACUUCUUCGAGUGGGAGGCACUCAUUGAAGGACCACAGGAUACACCUUAUGAGGGAGGCAUUUUCCCUGCGACGUUGACCUUUCCCAAGGACUACCCACUCUCGCCUCCGACGAUGAAGUUCACUUGCGAGAUGUUUCACCCCAAUAUCUAUCAGGACGGAACUGUAUGCAUCUCCAUCCUUCAUGCUCCUGGCGAUGAUCCAAAUAUGUACGAAUCGAGCUCAGAGCGGUGGAGCCCUGUUCAAAGCGUCGAAAAGAUUCUGUUAUCAGUGCUGAGCAUGCUCGCGGAACCGAACGAUGAAAGUGGCGCCAAUAUUGAGGCAUGCAAAAUCUGGCGUUCUGACAGAAAACACUUUGACGAAAUUGUCAGAAACACUGUCAGGAAAACAUUGGGACUUUAGGUUUAGAAAGGCAAUACACCGCAAUAAAGCUGCCUUC